UGGCUGAGAAAGGGGAGAUUUCGAACCAAUGAGAGGCUGGCGAAGCGCAAUUCAAAUCGCAGAGUUCCAGCGGUGAUUACGCAGAUAAAACGUUUCGUUGAGCGGUCGCCAUUGUGUGCUGUGUGGGACGCGUGUGGUGUGCGGCUCCACCGUAAUCAUGUCGUUCAAGAAUAUUUACUACUCGGACAAGUACACGGAUGAGAAGUAUGAGUACAGGCAUGUUAUGCUUCCAAAAGAAUUGGCAAAGCAGGUACCAAAGACGCAUCUGAUGUCUGAAGAGGAGUGGAGGAGACUUGGUGUUCAACAAAGCCUUGGCUGGAUUCAUUACAUGAUCCAUGAACCAGAACCUCACAUACUCCUGUUUAGAAGGCCUCUUCCAAAAGACCAACAGAAAUGAAUUGCUCUUCACUUUUAUCUUUUGGGACAAUCUGUAUAUAUUGUAGUAUUCAGUGAAUACAAAGACUAUGACCCUCACAACCACAGCUGUGCACAAGCUGUAUUCUUAACAGCACCGGAGCUCUGGGAGUGUUUUCUACAUUGAGCUGCUAAUUUCUGUUCUGUUUAUUUUCUUUUCUUUUUUUUUUUUUUUUUUUCUACCGUCACAUCUUUUUGGGUUUUAUUUUUUUCCUCCUUUUGACCACUAGCUAAUAAAGUUUGUAUUUCAUCUUAAUGAUUACUAUAGCUUAUGGCAAAAAGUGCAUUCAAUGUUAAAUGGAUUUAUUUCCAUUUUUUUGAAGGAAGUUUAAAUUUGGAUUGUAUAGAGCAGUGUUCACUUUUGUGUUUUUGUUUGCUUUAACAGAAUGAUACUCUAUGCAAGUCAAGGGUAAUGUGACAUGGGCACUAUCCAAUGCAAGCUGUUUUUCAAGUGUACUAUGUGUACCCAAGAACAGGCUUGAUCAUCUGUUUUUUUUUUUUAUGAAACUCUAAGAACAAGUGCGCUUUUAAUAAAGCAAAGCUGCAUCCUGUUAAAUGAA